ACUUUAAAUAUGAACUUUCUGAAAAAUUCUUUCAUAUGUACAUGUAGAACAAUCGACUUCAUGAAAUGGAUGGAAGAAAAAAAUAAAACCAAGAAAAUAAAUUUCUUGCAUUUUGACAAUUACAAUUGCACUGAAGAUACAGAACACGAGAGAAAAGUCUUAAAAUUUGAUAAAAUUAAAUCAUAUAUUUUAAAUUUACAAAGGGAAUGCCGUUCGUAUACCGCAAUUAUUUUUGUAAUUACGGGGACACUGGUUUGCUUCCUAUUCAUACUUUGUACGGGACUGGCCUACAGAUAUAGAUGGAAACUUCGCUAUUUUUAUUAUAUGACAAAAAGCCGCUACCAUCAGUAUAAAUCUUUGCGAAGUGAAAAUCUUCCCCUUAACCAGUAUGAUGCAUUUGUUUCCUAUGCUGAUGAGGACAGAUCUUUUGUCCUGAGAAUGAUAAAAGAAUUGGAAGAGGAGGAAGGCAUAAAAUUAUGUAUUCAUCAGCGCGAUUUUGUACCAGGAUUCGACAUCGCUGAGAACAUUAUAACCGCCGUUAAUAAAAGUAGAAAAACGAUUAUUCUCCUUUCCCCUAAUUUCAUCAAGUCCAGCUGGUGUAUGUACGAGUUACAUAUCGCCAAAAUGGAAGAAAUUUACAGCAGGAAAGAUGAAAAUGUGAUUUUCCUCAUCCUUUAUGAAACUUUGCCUUUGAAGGAUAUUCCUCUAACUUUAAUGGAUCUGAUUAACCAGAAGACAUAUAUAGAGUUUCCAAAUGGUGAUCAUGAUCAGGAGUUUAGUGAUGAUGUAUUUUGGAGUACUCUAAAGGGUUCUUUCCAAUGAUUUUGCGUAGAUGAAAUCUUCUUCAACAGCCUCGUCUUAAAUUUUUGAAAACAUAACCUUUAAAAUAAAUU